CUUUGGGUGGUGGCUGCUGCUGGGCUCCGGCGUUCCGUCGGCGGAGGGCGAGGCGGCGUGGACAGCGGCCCCGGCACCCCGCGCCUUGCCGCCCGCAGCCGCGCGCCCGCCCGCCCGCCUCUCCCCGAGCUCGCCGCCUUUCUCCUUAGCGCCCGGCCGCCGCCGCCACCGCGGCCCAGCGAGCGGCCCAGAUGCAGGCCAUCAAGUGUGUGGUGGUGGGAGACGGAGCUGUGGGUAAGACUUGCCUCCUGAUCAGUUACACUACCAAUGCAUUUCCUGGAGAAUACAUCCCCACUGUCUUUGACAACUACUCUGCCAAUGUCAUGGUGGAUGGAAAACCCGUGAAUCUGGGCUUGUGGCACACAGCCAGACAAGAAGAUUAUGACCGAUUACGCCCCCUGUCCUACCCGCAGACAGAUGUAUUCUUAAUUUGCUUUUCUCUUGUGAGUCCUGCAUCAUUUGAAAAUGUUCGUGCAAAGUGGUACCCUGAAGUGCGACACCACUGUCCCAACACACCCAUCAUCCUGGUGGGGACGAAACUUGACCUGAGGGACGAUAAAGACACGAUUGAGAAGCUGAAGGAGAAGAAGCUGACGCCCAUUACCUACCCGCAGGGCUUGGCCAUGGCCAAGGAGAUCGGUGCCGUCAAAUACCUGGAGUGCUCGGCGCUCACGCAGCGAGGCCUCAAGACAGUGUUUGAUGAAGCGAUCCGGGCGGUUCUCUGCCCGCCCCCCGUCAAGAAGAGGAAGAGAAAGUGCCUGCUCUUGUGAACGUCUGCCCCCCACCGUCCGCCCCCAGGACCCUUUGUAUGCUUUGCUCAAACGUGGAGCCUUCGCACUCAAUGCCAAGUUUUUGUUACAGAUUAGUUUUU